AUGAAAGAGAAGAAUGCGCCGCCGCCUCCCGAAGAGGAGCAAGACCCUGGCUACCAUUGGCAGAGAUACCCAAUCAUGAGCGGCUUCUUCAACGGCGUCAAAUCACUCGUCAAUUACACAGACUGGGAGCCGGAACAGCGCGCCUCGGCUGACACAACAUUCGAGAUCCACAACUCUAUCCCAAUGGAUCCAGUCGUCGCGAACCCGUACCCCGACUUCGCCUCUGCCGAAUAUCUCAAGGAGCACAAUCCCGUGUCGCAGUGCUACAUCGAUAAGGCUGAAAAGGUCCCUGCGCCCAACGUCUUUUCUUACCCGGGCAUCCCUGCCAACAUGACUGCUCCUUACUGGGGUUCUUAUGAGCAGCUGAACAUACCAAGAGACCGGUGCUGGGAACGGUUUGGACGUUUUGGUCCCUACGGAUACAGCUAUCCGUGGUCCGAGGGCGGCCUGGGGCUGUCCAACCACUCCGUCAAGACCGGCACCGAGGUGCUCGAGUCCAUGUACCACAAGGUCGACUACCGAGGAGUCGACUGGGGCGAUGCGCAGAAGCGCUGUCGCGAGAAGAACAAGGCCCGAUUUGAGCCCACGACCCCAGGCAAGAAGCCGGUUGCGCGGACAGCGUACGUUCUGCGCACCUGGACUGGGUACAAGUACGACGACAUCCAGCUUCUGUCGCUCCGCGCCAUGGUCAACGAGCUGUCGCUCAAAUCUGGUGGCGAGUAUGACGUGCAUCUCUUGGUGCAUGUCAAGGACGACACGAUUCCCAUUUGGGCCUCCGAGGAAGUCUACAGAAAGACGUUGCAAGAAAACGUCCCCGAAGAGUUUUGGGGCAUUGCGACGUUAUGGUCAGAGCAGCAGAUGCGGACAUACUACCCAGGCCCCUGGAUUGACAACCUCUAUAACCACGCAAAGGCCGACAUCUAUGGCGUGUACCGGAGUGCUCAUUUCCCGCUCCAGUGGUUCUCCCAACAACAUCCUGAGUACGAGUUCUUUUGGAAUUGGGAAAUGGACGUCAGGUACCUCGGGCAUUAUUACGAGUUCCACAAUGGCGUGGCCAAGUGGGCCGCGGCCCAACCUCGCAAGUUCCUGUGGGAACGCAGUGCCAAAUUCUGGAUCCCCUCGAUGCAUGGGUCUUAUUCCAAGUUUUCGGCCCUGGUUGAGAAGGAGACCCUCGAGAAGAAAGAGGAGCCGAUUUGGGGUCCCGUCAAGUUUCAGACUGAUGGAUCUGGUCGGGCCGACGGCUUGGGCAUGCUGCCCUCCCCCAACUCGACAAUUCCACCGACACCGAUAGAGCAGGAUGACGACGAAUGGGGCGUGGGCGAGGAAGCCGACCUGAUCACAUUCGACCCCCUCUUCGAUGUCACGAAGACGAACUGGGUUUUCAAGGACGACGUCACCGGUUACAAUCUGACCGUGCCGCCACCUCCCCGCCGCGCGGCCCUCAUCACCAUUAGCAGGUUGUCGAAGCGCCUAUUGGAUACGAUGCACGAGGAGACGUACAGGAUGGCGCACUCCAUGUUUCCGGAAAUGUGGGCACCCAGCGUCGCCUUCCACCACGGUUACAAGGCUGCGUAUGCUCCGCAUCCUGUGUAUUUUGACCGAAAGUGGCCGGCGGAGACGAUGGACAAUGUCUUCAACUAUCCCAAGGAGCCGCAAGACAGCCCGUUCGCCUGGGGCGAGCACAACUUCCUGGGCAGCACGUUUUACUACAAUGCCGGCUUCAGCGCGGCCCUAUGGCGCCGGUGGUUAGGCCAUGCCGAAGACAUUGGCGGUGGUCGGGAGGCGGAGGAGAUGGGCUCGGAUCGGAUGUGCCUCCGUGGCCUUCUCCUUCACCCAAUCAAAUCGGAAGCGGUAGAGUGA